AUGACUCAUACACCCCCCCCAGCGUAUUGGGUCCAUACUCACAUCGCCAAAUCGCUCCAGGUCCACUGCAAGGCGAUUUGCAAUGCUGUCAAGGUGUACAAUGCUGCCGCCAAUGCCCUUGUCCCUCCACAUCCCACCCUUGACUGGACAAAGGUCUCUCAUUACAGCUUCAUCGACGAGUUCCAUAUUCUCAAGGAUACCCGCAAUGACGUCCGUCAGAAGGAGUGGACAAGGCCUGCUGUUCGGGAAGCAAUGAAGCAGGCGCGUCGGAUUGCCCAAGCACAUGUCGAGCUCAAGCGGUGCAACAUUGAGGUGCACCGUCUUCAUACAUCCAUCCGCGAUGAGGAAUUGCAAUUUAUGGCGGUCAUCAACCAGCUGAAGGAGCAGCAAGCUUUGAUCUGUGGAGCGGUAGAAGAUUUUUGUGAACGCCACCACAAUGUGAAUGCUCGACACCUUAUGCGACUUCAGCGGCUAUAUGCAUUGAAUGGGUUCACUGGUGCUCCAUCCCCUGGGCAGCAGAAGGGGUCUGUGAUUAUGGCCCCUCCUCUGGCUUCUUCUUCACUGGCCCUGGAUCUGGAUGAUGAUGUGAAGCCUGAAGUGGAGGAGGAGGAGGACGAGCUCCAGGGGAAUAUUGGCAGCAUAGUUGAUUAUAUGUGCAACCUCGCAGUUUAG